GAAGUCUCGAAAGCGAUGGAGGACCGGCUGCCGAUUGCCGAUUGGCAGGACUGGGUGGUCGUGAUACUGUUCUGCCUGCUGAUCGUAGUGACCGUCAUCGGAAACACACUCGUCAUCCUGUCCGUGAUCACCACGCGCCGCCUGCGAACCGUGACCAACUGCUUCGUGAUGAGCCUGGCCGUUGCCGACUGGCUCGUCGGUAUCUUCGUGAUGCCACCGGCUGUCGCCGUUCAUCUAAUGGGCUCGUGGCAGCUCGGUUGGAUUCUGUGUGAUAUAUGGAUCUCAUUAGACGUACUUCUGUGUACAGCAUCAAUUCUUAGCCUUUGUGCCAUUAGUAUAGAUAGAUAUCUAGCCGUAACGCAGCCAUUAAAUUACUCCAGACGUCGAAGGUCCAAGCGGUUGGCGUUGCUGAUGAUCCUCGUCGUUUGGGUGCUGGCACUGGCCAUAACGUGCCCCCCGAUUCUCGGCUGGUACGAGCCGGGCCGUCGGGAGCUGACCCAGUGCCGGUACAACCAGAACGAGGGCUACGUCGUGUUCUCGGCCAUGGGAUCGUUCUUCAUCCCGAUGACGGUGAUGGUGUACGUGUACCUCCGGAUAUCGUGCGUCGUCGCCUCACGGCAUGAUAAGAUGACGGAGAUCGAAGUCCACAAGAAAAGUCAUCGCACGCGCGAACCGGAGGAAGAUGGCUAUCAGUCGGAGCUGGAUCCGAUACCGCUCAGUCCGAAGCGGAAGCGCUCCUCGUCGCAGAUGUCCACCGGGACGACGACGUACGUGGCGCAGCUCGGCAGCACGGUGCUCGACGACAGCGGUGGUCUCGGCGGUGGUCAGAAGCCGACCAAAAAGAACCACAAAAACGGGCACUACGAGCUGGUGGACAUGAACUCGUCCUGCGCCGCCGCCGCCGCCGCCGGGGGAACGCUCACCAAAACCGCAACCCUUUCAGGGCCACUGACCAAAGCCCAGGAUGCCAGCAGUUGUCCGUACGCCGAUGCCGAGCCGUGCGUGGACCUUGGGGCGGAUCCUGGCGGCGCCAAUGGUGGGCCGGCAACAGCUGUCGCAGCCAAUUAUGGCGGGCCACCGACGGCCGAUCAGGCCCCCCCCUGGCCGGGGGGUAAUAAUAUUUUCAGCCAACAAACGGCACAGCAGCAACCACAAACUCAUUCCGCCGGCUGCGCACCGCCGCCGCCGGUUGGCCCCGCACCGGUCAGCGGCGGAGUGACGGCGCCUGGCCAUCCGCACCAGCACUUCCACCACCAUCACCAUCACCACCACCAUCAUCAUCAUCAUCACCACGCGGGUGGAGCCGUCGCGGCGCCAGCCCUUCGACGUAACAACACCAUCAACGCGUCGAUCAACACCUCGACCUGCAGCACGGUGCAGCUGGUCGGCGGUGGCGGAGGACGGACCGGCACCGGCAACAAUAUUCGCGUCCACCAAAAGUCGCUGUCGUCGCGCAUUUCGUCGAUGAAGCGCGAAAACAAGACGACGCAGACGCUCAGCAUUGUGGUCGGCGGCUUCAUCGCCUGCUGGUUGCCGUUCUUCAUCCACUACAUCAUCACGCCGUUCCUGCCGAAGGACUGGGCCGUGCCGAAGCUGGGCGAGUUCUUCACCUGGCUCGGCUGGAUCAACAGUGCGAUCAACCCGUUCAUUUACGCGUUCUACAGCGUCGACUUCCGGGCUGCGUUCUGGCGGCUGACGCUGCGUCGCUUUUUCCGCAACAGCGAGAAGGCUCCGUUCGCCAACAUCCAUCAGCUGUCGAUGCGCCGAUGA